AUGUUGUCAGAGAACUUCGGCAUCCAAAUGAUCUUUGCGUUUCGUUCUUGCACAUCUUCAGGAUCGGUGAAGCUGUCGAAGCGGGUGGAGCAGUUUUCCAAGGAUGUCAGCGAUAUCCUUUCAGAAAGUCAGUUCGUAUUGAAUUCUGAAGUCAUCAAGCUUCGGGUUGCUCGUGCCCCACAGGCCAUGGGCCUCGCUCUUCAACUGACCCAAGUCAGUACCAAGGGGAAUCGAUACAAGCGAAGUCUGUCGUGGUCGCAAUUUUUGCAGGCUUCAUUUGGAAAGAUUCAUCGCAAUGCUUCGUUGGCUCUGCAUGUAGGGGUGGCCAAAUCAACUGUCAGGCGCAUGCAGAUCACAGUAAGCGCCGCAUUUAUGAAUCAUCAAGCCAACUUUCUUGCAAAACUUGCACAAUGGUGUCUGGCUGAGCCGCCGUUGCUUGUCAUAAAGCAUUUCAAGUGGGAUGAGACGCAGCUUCAGUGUACUAUGAAUGCUGACAAGUCUGGUUGCCGUGUUCGCUCCAGCUGGCAAGUCUUGGUUUGUCGUAUGAGGUUAGUGGUGGUUUGGCCCAAUGGCACCAAUGUUGUGUGCCGAGUGGUGAUGCCUCCGGUGACACUUCUGGCGACAGGUGCGGAGCAUCAGUAUUACGCACUGCUGCACCACCCAGCUUACAAGUGCAUAAAUGCACUUGUGGGGCUGCUUCGAAGAACUGCACUUGUCAACAUCGACAUAGCUGAGACAGACGGUGCAAGCAGCAACUUGAGGCUGUUGGCACAUCUGUCUCAGAAGGCCAAGUUGAGUGUUUUCGGGCCGCCAGGCUCACGGCAUCCUGUCCUGUUUGCACAUUGCAGAUGCAUGAAUCAUGCGGUGCAGUUGAACAAUGCUGCACUGUUGGGGCUCAUCGGUUCUAAUUCAUUGAACAGGAUUUACGGACUCACUGUAUUCAUCCGCAACCUGGGGUAUUGGCUUCGAAUGAGACAGGCUGUCCGUUCUUGGCUUGAUCGAAAUCUGGUUUUUCGCCAGCAGGUUACUGCUAGCGACGUCGCCUCACACGUUCAGCCGAAUCCUGCACUACGUGAAUUGAUCAGCUACCUUCGCUUUUGGAAAAAGCUUGAUAAAGACUGUCGCUCACCGGAAGAUGAACGUAGAGAGACUGCUCAGGACGACGGCGAAUCCGCUUUUGAUCGUGCAGCAGCUACUUUCUUGGACAUGUUUAACGGACCCAUUGUCGGCCCCCCGUGUCACAUCUGUUCCAGCUUGGAUGUUUCUGUUGGUCAGCGACAUUGCUCUCAUCGGGAGUCAGCAGUGCGGAAAUGCGCCGAGGCCAUGAUAGACUUGUUCCUGACCUCGAUGCCGGCGGUGCCUGCACCGUCGAAAUGGUCCAAAUUAUUCGGACCACUCGAUUUCAUUCUCUCGGGAAGCAUUGUUCACAACUGGUUGCAGGAGAUCUUUACUGAGGCUUUUGGGGAAAUGAGCUUUCAAGAGUUUGAUCCAACCCCAGCAGAUGUUGACCCUCGGCUUGUGGAAUCACUUGCAUUCCAUGCUGUCAACGGUAGACGAUUGCAGUCUGCUAGGGAGUUCUUGCAAGACAGACAUGCCAAGUGGGGCGUGUCCUUGGCAUGUGUAGCCCUUGAGCCGAAUCGCAUGCUCACGUGGUACUGGAUCUCAUGCCUCGGCAAGAGCUUGACUCCCGGUGAGCGGCCUCCACUCUUUAGCAUGUUGAACCCGAGGGAAAGCAUCUUGGUCAGUCUCAUGCAGCACUACAGCAGCUUGCUAUGCACAACAGAUGGGCUUGGUCGAUUGUGCUUGCUAUGGAUGCCUUUGGGUUAUGACUCCUUCGAUCGGUUCUGUCGGUCCGAGCCAGGCCUCGUGCGGGAAAUCCGUAGGGUGCUUCUCUUUGCUUGCGCCUGGCAAUACCGCCGCCAUUACGAGUAUAUCAGCUCCGAUAUGUUUGCGAUUGCUUGUGUUGCAGACCCCGAUGCCUGCCCUCGCAUGGUUGAAUCGUUUCUGGAAGGAUGGCGCCGGAAGCGAGUCUGUUGUGUGCCCGGCGGCUUGCCCCGGGCACUGAAGCAGCGGCAAGUGUCUUGCGAGGAAUUGCAAUCGUCCAGUUGGAAAUCAUCGCUUUAUUGGUAUGCUUCUUGCAUCCAGUGGUCCAUAGCAGAUGUUGAGGUGAAACAUGCUUUGAAUCGCCAAAACACUGAUUGUGGCUUCAGCACAAUCGCCUCAAAGUUUAUCAACUCGGAGGCCUUGUUGAAUUCAAGACAGGCCGCCAAGGCAGCGAAAGCAGCCACGGGCGAAGCAAGCUUGAGCUCAACAGGUAGUCGGGAUGUUGUCAUCCAGGAUAAGAGAAAGAAGAAGGCCAAAGGCAAGUCACCAUUUGAAAUUUUCAGAGCUCAUUGGAUUUGCCAGCAGCGACUCACUUCCUCGGCGUUCAAUCCUUGUGUGCACAGCUCGUGGGAACAGGUUCGCCAGGCAUGGGGAAUGUUGUCUGAGGAGCAGCAAGAAAAUUUCAAGGCUUUGUCAGUUGCAAGCAAGCAAGCUGCUCUGCAAGCACGGAGACACGUGCCUGCCCUUCCGGACAGGCCGCCUCACGAGCCUCACCAGGCAGCAGCAAACAGACCGGUUGUGAGUUUGCCUGAUUCCGGUGCCGGUGCGGUUGUGCCGUCGUUGCUGGGUGUCCUGCCUUUGGAAACAGCUUUGACUGCUCGAAAUGCUUGCGAGCUGGAGUCCAAAAUUAAAGCAGCCAUGAGUGAUGCAGGCCCAGGCAGAGGGAAGCUUUCUCACCAUCGUUUCCCAGUAUCCGAGCAAGCUCUGGAAUCCAUUGCAUGUUUCCAGCGGCAACAUGGCAUCACGAGUGCUGCGGCCGUCGCGAAGUUUGAUUGUGAAAUGGAGCGUCUCGCACGCCCUCCAGAUGGCGACGAGUUUCCGAAGAAGGUUCAGUAUGAGUCUUGCUGCGGACAUUUGUGCCGCUCAUCAGGUAUUCAUCUUCAUUGCAACUUGACGAAGGCUUUUCUCCAGAUUGUGCAGUGCUACGGGCAGCCAUUGGAUGCAGUACGUGCAGACAUUGUGUGCUCGUUCGAGAUCUUUGACACAUCUAGGCGGAAGCUUGUGCGUGAGUAUGCAUUUGUGACAGCAGUUUCUGCGAGAAGCGGGGUGCACAAACCCGAGCAAGUGUUUGUUUUUGCAGACGAAGUCGGUCGGGAGAACUUGGAGGUUCAAGGUGAGGGAGAUAGAUUCUCCGGAUUGCUGCUGGACUUACGGACCUUGCCAUAUGUUCAAUCGUAUCGGGAAUACCUGCCAGCUUCAAGUGCCGGCGCACGAGAGGGUCGGUUGCACAUGCUGUCUUCUGAUGCUUUCGCUCACCACUUGCUCAGUGUCUUCGAUGAGUUCGGAUUGACACCGCAUCAAAUUGUCAUCAACAAGCUAGACUUUCACGACCGCAGCCCUCGCCGUGUAUGCAUUAGUGGGUGCAGCCCUGGUUUCACACGAGUGCUUGUUCGUGCAGACGGUGUAGACUGCGAGGAUGGCGCUGGCGAUGACGACGACGGCAUGAACGAUGCUUCUGAGGGUGCUCCAGCAGGUGGGCAAGAUCCGUCAGAGCGGGAUUUCGACUUCCUCUCGCUUCUGGACCAGGAGGAGGCGGAGGUGAAGGACUCGGGCGAACCGGCUGCAAGAAGUCGCAAGAGAAGGAAGACUACUCCCGCCGUUCCUGAUGACCCGGCAGCCAACGACGUUGACGACAUUCUGGAUGACCCGGAAUUGCACGCCGUCUUGGGCGUGGGCGACAUCGAUGCUUUGAGGCAGGCUGUUAAUGUAUGUCAAGAGGCGGAAGGGCCCGAGGAAGCUUCCCGAGCGGCACAGAUGCAAGCCAGGACGAGCAUCGCCAUCUUCAUCUUCUACGGGGACGAGGAUGGUGGCAUCAUUGAAGCUGUCUAUGGCGGCGGCGAGGGGGGCACCUCCUACUGUGUGGUUGACAGAGUGCAGGGCCAUUGCGAUAUGCUCUUGCAGUGGCUAGCUUCAGCACAUGUACAGUCUCAAGAGAAGCAUGCCCAGCUCAGCAAAGCUUUACGGUGCUUCGACAGCACCAAGAAUCCCAUGGUAAAGAAUCCGGCCUCAGAUGACCUCCUGAAGAGGCGAUGCGUUGGAGCAGCACAGUGUCGCCCGUGCUUCAGCUUUAUGGAACGGGAUGACCGCUUCCAGAACAUGUCGCAGAGUCAGCGGCUGACGUUCCUCGAGGAUGAAGGCAACUACAAGGAGUACAUCGUGGACCUGAACCAGUGGGAGGCCAGCCGUCGUGACGGUUCCAUUCGUGGCAAGGCGAAAUCCAAGGAAGGUGGAGAUCGAGCCGAAGCUUUGCAUAGUAGCUCCAUCACCACGAAACAGGUGUUGGGCUAUUUUUGGCCCCUUCAGCUGUUGAAGGAGCACGAGAAGCCGAUGCCGAAGCGAAGCCAGCACAUCAUUCAUCAGGGAAAGAAAGUGAAGGGCAUGACCCUGAAGGAAUUUGCGGUGGGCUGCAUAGAGAUCACAAGCGAGAGUUCGAAAACGGCUCGCCGGGUUCAUGUCGUGGCCAAGGACGAUUCAGAGGAAAGUGGUGAUGCUGACGAGAUGUUCGGUGCAAUGCAAAAGUCACUGCAGAUGUCUUCAACUGCGGGAGAGUCUGGGGAGAUCAUGCUCAAGCAGGCGAAAGUUGACAGCGAUGACGAGCUCGCCGCCAUCUUGUGGGGGGAGAAUGUCGUCGGAGGCCUUGGGGAGAUGAGUGGCAACUCGAAGGCUUCAAAGGGCGGUGACGAUGAGCACGAGUCACCCGCCAAGAAGAAGCCGAGGAAGCGAGCCGUGCGGAAUCCAGCAGUGUCCAACGAUGCAGUUCCAGAGAGCUCUCCCUCGACUGCACCGACAACUCCGGCAUUGGCUUUCAGUUUACCGCCUCCGAAUCCCAAGGAUAACAAGCGCAGGGGCCAGGGCCAUGACUCCAGGGCCUCCAGAGAGUUGGAAAAGAGCGAAGCAAUCACUCUCCAGUGCCAGCACAUGAAGUGGGCUUUUGAAGACCCUGAGCAGGUCCUCAAGCUCUCCUUGCAGAAGGUGAACUCUUUGCUCGACAAGGUGGAAUCAAGGCUUACUGAUGACCUCACAUCCAUUUACCAGGAAGCAAUUCGUACCACAGGCCCGCAAGGGCGUGCGACCAAGGCUUGGGAAGGGCUGAAAGAGGCCAAAGAGUUCCUCACCUAUGCCGCCGACUUUGUGGAGGCCUUGCACGAUGCGGAAGCAAGCCCGACGACCUUGUCUGCUAGAGCUUUGUGCUUUUCCACGGAGAGCAAGGUGACGUUGCCACCCAAUGUCAGUGUGCUCAUCUGCCGCAAGAGGGCGGAGGAGUUGGUCGGGAAGAAGCAAUGGGAUGACGUGUGCAAGUUCCUCGACCCUACUUUCAAAGCGGAAUAUCCGGAUGGCAUCGGAUCUCUUAUGCCGGCUGGCCCUGAGACGACCAUGACGGCAGAGUUGCUGGAGUUUCAGACCGGUUGCCUCCAAGGCUGUGUUACCAGCCUCUUCAUGCGACCAAUUCCCGGCAAGACGGAAGAGGAGAAGGACCAGCAGCUUCAGGAUGGCAUUGAGGACAUUGUGAAUUUCUUGGCUGCAGUGAAGCAGAGCCCCAUGUCAGAUGCCGUGGCUGCUGCCGGCAAGGCUUCUAUGAUUGAUGAGCUGCUCAAGCUUUUGACCCUUGCCGAAGCAGCUUCCAAGGCAAAAGGCCCCACCUUUGACAUGGAGUUCUUCUCCACGAUCGUCUGUGAGAAUUUGGAGACAACGAAGAAUAACUUUCUGAAGAUCAAAACGUCUACAUGGUACCCCUCCUUGGCAAUGUUUCCCGUGGGGAUGAAGGUGUGCUCGAGAAUUGGCCAUAUUGUCCAACUAGUCCGUUCAGAUGCGGUCCUCGCAGCAGACAUUGAGGCAGCUGCUCAGUAUGCCAACUCAUUGAAGCCGUGGAAGGUGGAGUCUGUGCUCAAGGAGAAUCAAGAAAUCAGCAUCCCGCAGGUUUCCAAGUUAGCAGACAUGGUGGGCAAGUGGCUGGUUGUGCAAGAAAAAGGAAGUGAGAACUUACAGGCAUUGCCGGCAGUUCGCGAGCGGAUGGAGAUGGUGAGAUCCAAGGUCAUGGAGCUAUAUUCCGUGCUUCAGGAGGUUAUGCAGUUGAAGUACAAGCACAGCUUCGAGAAGAUGGCUGCCGAUGUCGCAAAGUUGGUCAAGGGUGGCACACAAGAGGAGAUGACUGGCUUGACAUCAUCCAUUUCCACAUCAUUCGCACAGCUGAGCGCUUUCCAGCCUUUCAGUAAAGUCGGUCUUGUGAAGAUCUUGGGCAAGACGCUGGCUGAGGAGUUGGAUGGCAUCGUACAGACGGUGGCAAAGUGUGCCACGAGCCUCCAGGCGGCGUUCCCCCAGGUCGCAGAUUUCAUCGCCAAAAAAACCACGAAUGAGGAGAUGCUCGCCGACCAGCCGCUGGCGGAUGUCUUUGCGAUCUUCUUUGAUGCUGGGUCAAAGAAAGUGAUUGGCCGCACCGUGCCGUUCCUCGAAGUUUCCUUCUCUCUUCUACAAGAAGGCAUGACAAGAUCCAUUUGCGGAUGGCUCGCACAGACAUCUGCCACAUACGCCGCCUUCCUGGAGCAGUUGUUGCAGCCAGAAGUCAAUGCUGAUGCUUCGCUUAGUGUAGAUGUUCUGGGUGACACGACCUCUUUGUCGGAGACAGCCGCAGGGGAAACACAGGAUUGCAAGCAGAAUUUGAACUUCGGCUUCGUUUUCCACUCCUAUGUCAAGCACAUCGGCAAGGAGCUUGUGGACAUCGCCGUGCACGGCGCCCAGGAGGGGAAGUCCAGGCGAGUCCAUGCAGUCUUCCCGUGCCUGGCUGGAGCUCUUCUAACGGUCGCUAAGAUGGUUGCUUUCUUCAAGCAUUGCAUGGUCACGAACGACAAGUUUCCGGGCUUCAAUGAGAUCUUGUCAAAGUUUGCAACCGCGGCGGACAAGAAGACUUUCAAUUGGGAUGAGAACAGGAGUUCGAAGCUCCAGUGCAUCCGUUCUGUUUUGCCCAAGUUCCAUAAGGCUGUGGUGGAUUUCGAGGCCAUGCUGUCCGCUUCCCGCGAGAUCGUCGGCGAGCUCGACGGCAUCGACGCCUACUACAAGCAGCUCCAGAAAAUCAUGAAGGACCACGUUGCUGAUGUCAUUGGCAAUUUUGGCAGGGAGAUCGGGGAUGUGCAGCUUUCGCUUGCAAGCCUGUACCAACAGGUUGCCAGCAAACAUAGCCUAGACAUGUUCGCACAAGAGGUCCUUGACAAGAAGGCUGUUGAAGCUUUGUGUUUGGACCCCUCCAUGAGGCAGAUUGCUAUGACUUCCAGUAAAACAGAACGAUUCUUCAUCGACUUGAUCGGGCUCUUGCAGGAUGUGCAAGGAUUGCCGACUCCUUCGUGGGUGGGUGAAGCUUCCAAGGCAUUGGUUAGCGGUGUCGUGACCGAUGCGAAGAAAUUGCUUGCCCAGGACGUGGAGGUGUCAUGCAGCGAGGCGGGUGCGAUGAUCACAAUGGCUCAGCUCCGAGCCUUGCAAUCGAACAUGACCCUUGCCCAAGCUCUUUGCAGAGACCUGCAGCCCGGUGAGACACGGAUGGGCUUGGUAAGCCGAUGCCUUGGAGCCUUUCAAAAGAAGAACAUCAAGUGUGAGCCACUUCUGGUCAAGAAGGCUGCUGCGAUCAAGGGAAAGUGA